UUACCACACACAACAACGACAGAAACAACUUCAGCGAAUUCAAUUUUAACGUUAAAAUAGAAAAUUGUGUGUAUUUUGUGAAAGAGAUAUAAAAAAUUUUUUAAAUGUAUAAAAUUUAUAUUAUCAGAUUUUAAUUGAAAACGUGCUUAAUUUUUUGAAUAGCGAACUCGAAAAAUACACAUAAAAACAUUACUCUCCGAUAGCAGAAGGGAAAAACCCAUUUAUAAAACCAUCGUCAUGACAGUUAAACUGGCCAAAUUGUUUGGUACAUCCACAGCAAGUAACAAUUCAUCAGCACAAGUGCCACCACCUUUGCCGCCACCAAAUCCGGCACCAGUUUACAAUUAUUAUAAUCAUCCACAGUUGCAACAAAAAUUGCAAAAACCUUAUAAUCCUUAUAUGGAUGAUGAUGACGAUGAUAAUAUGUCUUUGUAUUCAACGACAGCCUCGAUUAUGACAUCACGCGAUCAUCCAUUCAACAAUUCUCAGCGUCCUUUGUUGGCCGAUAGGAAACCACAAUUGUUGUUGACACAAAAUAACAACAAUAAUAAAAAGAAAAAUUCAACCACAAAUCAACAGAAUUCUUCUUCUCAAACUUCCUAUCAACAACAGCAAUUGCUAAAACAACAACAGCAAUACAACCAGCAGCAACAACAACAAUUUCAGGAAAAAUCUUAUAUCUCACCCUAUGUACAACAACAAAAACGUGAUAGUGCUAAAGGUUUGCAUGGCUUCAAUGAUUUUGAUAUUCUAUCCCAACAGUACAAUCAACACUUACAGUCACCUCACAUUGGUUAUCCCUAUGGCAGUCCACCAUCGCCUACUCGCACUUCAACACACACAACAGCUACAACGUCAUCCACAUCAGCCUUGCAAAAUAUUGCUGCCAACAAUGCAACAGCAAUAACAACAACGGAUUUUGUAUUUGAUUCCUUGGCAACGACAUACGGUAACAAUAAUCAACAGCAACAAAAUCAACCAUUUGCUAGUAUUUCAACUGCCUUAACCUCAACACCACGUUAUGGUAAUAUCAACAAUUAUGGUUCUACAACUAGUGCCAAUGUCUUCUCAUCAUCAUCCACCUCCUCCAAUUCCGUAACUAACAUCAUCUCGAACUCCUCACGACCAUGUUAUGAUGUUAAUGAUGCUGAUUAUUACACAGUAAGACCUUCAACGGAUGCAAUGUUGGGUAAAUCAUCUCGUUUUGAAGAUGAUUUUUGUAGUCGUCGUAAUAUAGACUUUUCUAAGAAUACUCAUCUUGAUGGCGGUGUUGUUGAACAUCAACAGCAACAACAGCAGCAGCUACAGAGUGGUCCAUUUAUUUUUGGCAUACCACCAGAACAACAAACUGACUUUACACGUAUGCCCCAUGGUGGCCGCUCAUUUGGUGAUAUCUCCGAGGAUUCAGGCAUAACAAAAGAUGAUGAUAAAUACUCAGCCAAGAGAAUGCAACAAUCUACUAGCGAUACAAGCUCAACUUCACGCGAUGAUAGUACAACAACCACGAAUACCAGUAAUGAUGGCACAAGUCGCAGCAGUCGUAAAGGUGCUGCAAAGUUUUUAUUACGAAAACGUAAUACAAAAAAAUCUGCAACUAAAGAAUCUAAAGCGUUAAAAUCUCAGGACAAAGCUUGUGUCAAAUGUGUGGUAGUGGGUGAUUGUGCUGUGGGGAAAACAAAUUUAAUACUCUCUUAUCUGGAGAAUCGUUUUAAUACUGAACAUGUGCCUACAGCAUCAGAUAUUUAUAAUGCUGAUGUUAUGGUCAACGAUAGUCCCGUACAUUUAACACUCUGUGAUACAGCCGGUCAGGAUACAUUGGAUCCAUUACGUGAGCUUUGCUACCCAGAUAGUGAUGUAUUCCUGUUGUGUUUUUCGGUGGCAAAACCUGAAACAUUCCAUGCCAUCAAAACCAAAUGGGCACCAAGAUUUUCGAAUACAAAAGCAUCAUUGAUUUUGGUUGGUACUCAAGCUGAUUUGCGCACAAAUCCGAAUGUACUGAAUAAAUUGCAGUCUAAUGGCGAACAACCAAUUUCAUAUGCGGAUGCUUGGGAUUUAGCAAUAACAAUUGGUGCAAAAUACAUUGAAACUUCAUCAGCAACACAGGAUAAAGUUAAAGAUGUCUUUGAUGCAGCCAUUUGGGAAGGCUUAGCUCCAACCACCUUGCCUCCAACUCCCAUACCUUUUUGGAAGAAACUUUUCUGUUUAGCCUAAA